AAACCUAAAGCAUGUGGUUUAUUGGACUUUUCAUUUUUUAAUAAAAAAAAAAUCAUAACUGCUUCAAUAAGGCACCACCAAGAUGCCUUAAUAAUAAUUAAAAUUAAUUAUGUUUGAUACAUUUUAAGGACAGUUGAUGGAUUAUUUAAAUAUGUAUCACAUUUUCCAAACAUUUUAUUUUAUUUUUUAUAGUUUGUAUACAGUUGGUGUGAAAAGAUUCGUGUGUACAUAACAUUGACUGUUUGAAUAUAUUACAUACCAAAAAAAGCAUGUAGCCCUAUUUGGGCUUUUAAUUUGAAGGGCCAAACUCUGUGACGUCACAAACCAGGAAGUACCGGUUCCACAACAGGGACAGCAGCAGCUACAUGUUCUUCUGGCUUGCCAAAACUGGCAUGGCGGGGGCGGCGCUGCUGAGGGCUCUGCGGACCCUGAGUCCCGGUCCCCGCACACUGGCCGCGACCUCCAGCAAGUUCCCGGCCCCGGCGGAGUGCGUCCUGCCGCCGUGGAGGCUCUCUCCUGUCAGGGCGCUGCAGCUGUGCUCCGCCUUAUGUGCCGGACACAACAAGUGGUCUAAGGUGAAGCACAUCAAGGGACCUAAAGAUGAAGCGAGGGCAAAGGUGUUCAGUAAACUUGGCAUGAUGAUAAGGCUAGCUGUGAAAGAAGGUGGACCCAACCCAGACUUGAAUGUAAACUUAGCGAACAUAGUGGAGCAGUGCAGAAGCAAGAACAUGCCUAAAGCGGCCAUCGAGGCUGCAAUCAAGACUGGGGCCAAACCAACGACGCAACACAUGUUUGAGGCUCGGGGUCCCGGCGGAUGUCAGCUGCUCAUCGAAGUCCUGACUGACAACAACACACGCAGCCAGCAAGAAAUCAAACACCUGCUAACCAAGAACAGGGGGAUGCUGUCAGACGGAGCCCGCCACAGCUUCGACAGGAGGGGGGUGGUGGUGGUGCCGGGUCAGAACAUCUUGACGGAGCAAGCUCUGGAGCUGGCCAUCGAGGUGGGAGCUGAAGAUGUCAAAGAGACGGCUGAUGAAGAGGAGCAGCCCCUCCUACAGUUUAUUUGUGACCUGACAGACAUGAGGAAGGUGCGGGCCUCACUGGAGGAGCUGGGAAUGCAGGUUACGUCUGCUGGGCUGGAGUUUGUUCCCAACACUUUCUCUUCUCUGGACCAGGAGCAGCUGGAUGCGGCUUCAACGCUAAUAGAAGCCCUCAGUGACUGUCCAGACGUAGUAAGAGUGUGGGACAAUAUCCAGGCUGACAGCUGAGCUCGCCUCCAGGAUCCCCUGUGGACACUUAAAAUCUUACAUGUGGAAUUUUCAAUUUCACAGAAAAAGGAUAACCCGUACUGCGUAUUUUCAUCAGUAAGAAAAUAUAAGUGUAUUUUGAUGCUCUGUGUGUGGGUCUUGGAAGUGAAAUUAAAUUAUGGUUCUUCUUAAGAUGUAGAGUGAUAUUUCUUGGAUAUUUUCUAUCGUCAGGCCGCGUUUAAAAAAAAGUUAAUCAACAGCCGGCCUCAAUCAUAAAGAAGAUAUAAUGCCACCACUGGUAUUCAAACGUUUUCCCAAAGCUGCUCAUUUUAAAUGACUUUUACAAAGUUGUUUAUGCAGACUGAAAUAACUUCCAUUUGCAUUUCUUAGAUGCUGCAGGAACACAGUUUGCAAAGUAAUUUUAAUUUACUAUCCAUCACUGAAUGAGGUAACACAAUGGUGACCCACUGAUGAAAGCCAUUGCAUUUGCAGUAUUAAAACCCC